AAGCUUUUGGAGGCAUGGUCUGGAAGUAGGUAUUAGUCGCGGCGGUAGACGCAUCCUUUAGUGGCAGUCAUGGGGUGCAGGAGGAAUUCUCACUGCAAGUUGAAAUAUUGGCUGAUGUUUGUACUCUGUGUUUCCUUCAUACAAACAUCUUAUGGAGAAAGCAAACUGGAUGUCCGCCUUAACAGAAGGGGUUGUGGAGUGUCAGAACCAACGGGAAGGGUUUACAAUGGCAAAAGUAUACGCAAGCCGCAGAUACCCUGGAUCGUUCAGAUUGUGAAUUUAAUGGGCGGCGGUAACGGAUAUUUGUGCGCCGGAAGCAUCAUAUCGCACAAUGUUAUAUUAACAGCGGCUCACUGCGUUGAUACUAAGCCCCCGCCACAAGAGGUUGUAAUCUACUACAACACAACGAAGCCGAGCAGGGGACCUGUAGCUCAUGUUGUGCGCUUUAUGAUGCAUCCGGAUUAUGACAAGUAUAACGCUGCGAAAAACGAUAUAGCGCUCCUGAAGGUAAGAGGCAAGAUUAGGUUUGAUAGGUUUGUGAGGCCCAUAUGUCUACCAAGAAGACGUUUUCGGACAGACGGUAAACAACUCAUGUCUGGUGGUUGGGGAGUAAUCAAUAAUCGACUACCUCCCAAAUUCGCGAAAACAUUGCUCUACAAUACUUUUGAAGGCAUCUCGCAAGACAAGUGCGACCAAAUCUUGAGUCAUGCAAUAGGCGACAUGGGUGGUUUGGACUCAAAAUUAGCACUGUGUGCGAAAACCAAUUCAAGCACACUUUGUGAAGGUGACUCCGGCGCACCGGUUACAAUGGUACGACAGAAUGGGAAGUCCGUGCAAGUUGGCGUGAACAGCCUCGGAAUAUCUUGCGAUGAGAGGGGGACACAUGUAUUUUCAGUUAGAGUCUACAAAUUCAUGCAAUGGAUCACGAAAACCCUCCGUCAGCCGAAAAGGUGGCGUACCCUACCUGCUCCAUAGAUAAGGUUUACUCGUGAUCGCUAUUUCAGGAUAAUAUUGGAAAUAUUUAAAUAAAUCGCUGAUCCUACGAUGUUUCA